AUGGGAGCACGUCAAGGAGAGCUUCCAUCUCGGUGCACGCACGUCUACCAGUGGAUGAACAAUGUCUUGUACGACCUGUUCCGAGAGGGACACAUCGUCAGCGACGUCCUUCUGAGACAGAUGCAUCAACAGGUUGAGGACAUGCGCGCUGCCAACGUAUGGGGCUUGCCUAGCCUACCUAUGCCUUAUACGCUGCUGAUCAUUCUGAUGGUGAAGACGCAUCUUCUUGCCAUGGCGUUGAGCAACGGUGCUGGGCUCAAUAUGUGGAAGGCCAAGGGCUACCAGCCCUCUACUUGGUGUUGGAUAGGUCAGCACUUGCAGCUGUUUCUUAGCAACUUCCUAUAUCAAGGGUUGCUUGACCUUCAUGGCCACCUUUACAACCCAAACAGCGGGGAUCUUCUCGGGCAUCUGCCAGUGGUGAACUUUCUCGAUUUCGUGAAAACGGUAUCUGAGAAUUUGAUUGACAAGAACAGCUCCUUGCCUUACGACUUGGAUUUCGCACAACAGCUUACCGAUCCUGGGGUCGGAUCCCGCUGUGCUCAGAGGAGCAUUUCUGGUGCGCUCCCAUCGCAGAUCGAGAUGCACAUGCGACGGCCGCUGCUGAUUGCCUAG